CAACCAAAGGCCCAAAAAAAAGCACGCAAGCCCAACAUAUAUGGCAAAAGCCGAAACAGGCUCGCAUGCCUAACAUACAUGGCAAAAGCCGAAAAAGACUCGCAGGUUCAAGAUAGAGGAGACUGAAGCACAAACGCUAACAUACCGAAGGGAGAGCCGGAAGACCUAAGAAAAAACCACCUGAUACAGACAAGAAAAAAGAUCACUGGAAGAUGGAAAACCAUGUAGCCAACAGAGUUAACGCCAGUGGAAUGGAAGGCUACUCCCUAGAUAGAGGAUCAAGACGCGCUUUGACUAACAUCUCUAGAUAAAGGGAUAAAUCUCAUCCUUGCUAACAUCAAAUAAUACAUAUUUUACUUCUGUCAUUUGUUAUUUUUUACAAGCACAUCAUCCGAUAUCAAAUUCGCUUACUUCAAUAAAAUGCUAUUUCAUUCUAUUUACUUCAAAAUCUUAUACAUAUGUUAUUUAUUUUUAAAAUUUUGUUAUUUUCGAUGCAAGUAAUUACUCUUAACAAUGCUUAAAAAAAUAAAACGAUUAACAGUGAAAUAAUAGUAGAUAGUUGAAUAAAAACUGAAUGCAAAAGUAAUUAAGCUACCCGGUGUGGGUUAGAACUUAGAAUAGUAGAGUCAAAUUAUGGUUUAGUUUUUCAGUCAAAAGAUAUAAAAGUCAGCAAAUCUUUCAAUAUUAGAAUCUUAAAAUGACUAAUAUACAGUGAUACUAAUUUUGUUCUUGCAUACCACCAACUAAUGUACAAAGAUAAACCAAAUUUGAAUAAAAUUUCCAAAAUGCAUAGAUGAAUAAAGGGAACACUAGAGUGAAAAUGGAAAACUGCUAUUCAGAAAUUGGUAUCCAAAAUCAAAUGGGGGGAGACUUCAUCAGCUUAGGCUACAAAGCCCAUUAAAGAAAUAAAAAAGGCUAUAAGGUAAGAAAUCUUGUAUUCAAAAGACUCGAAAAAUACACGUGUGGACUGUUUGACCCAAAAAAACAAUACACGUGUGGAACUUUGUGCGUACGGUACACGUGGACGCAGAGGAUCCUUACCCAAAAAACAAGAAUGGAGUAAUAAAUUAGUUUUGAUGACGCGUCUAUUUACUGAAUCAUAAUUGGUCCACAUAGGAAAUCCACCGUGGUCCCCACAGUGCCUAUAUAUAUAUUGAGAGAGGCUCAUUGAUUUGACGGCUCUUUCUCGCUUACCAAAACUUUCUCACUUGUCUCAUAAUAAACCCAAAAAAUCAGGGAAUUUCCCAAAACCCUAAUUUCUCACUCGAAUUGCCUACCCUCCUCUCUCAAUAGAUGACAGAUCUAAUGGUUCCGAGAAAGAGACCGCGAGCGCCAAGCUUCUCCGAUAAGCAUCCUGAUGAGUACGUAGGUUCUUCGGAUUGGUUGCCGGCCGAGAAAGACAAGGCUCAGGUUCAGGUCAAUAACUUCCUUGAGCUAUGCCGUUUCUGCAAGAAGAACCUGCGUCACGACGAGGACGUUUUCAUGUACGGAUACUUUGGGGCAUUCUGUUCAAAACAAUGCAGAGCAAAACAGAUGGCGUUGGACAUCUUUAGGGAAUUCCCGCGACAGAAAGCAAUUGCUAAGAAGGGAAGAACCUCUAAAGAUGAAGUGUUAGAGAGGAUCUCAUCAUCAUCAUCGUCACGCUUUUAUAUAUAAUUUUGUAUUUGAUGAUGAUUCAGUGUAGAUGGAUGUGUGCAACAAAAAGCCCUUUGUCUCGUUUUUUUAGGGGGAAUUGGCUUACCACUCUCACAAGUUUGCAUCGGCAUUAUUAUUACAUCUGUCGAUCAAACUUUCUCUACGUUUUUUUUAGGACUCUCUUGUUUAAGUCUUCUUCUUUGAACAAACCAAUUUGAUGUACAAGUGUGUUUUCUUAGGGUGGGUAUCACAGCCUCUGAUUUUUCUUUUUUCAUUAAUCCAAAAAGUAUGUCUUUGGCGUUUACACUUUUGGGUGUCUCGUGAACUCAGAGAGGCUUUAUGCCCUAGACUCAAGAGCUUUCGAUGUCUAUCAUGGACUAUAUGAUCGAUCAUGGAGAUUCAACAAGAAUGAAUUUUUAUAAACGGGCCGUGUAUCGGAAGCCCAUAAAUCAACAAUGGGUAAUAAGAGGAAUCGUUGAGUGGGCCUGUAUUUGGGCACAUUAUCAUUUGUCUCGCCCCUGUCAAUUUGUAGGACCAAAAAUGUUU